GCUGAAGUCCUCGCGUACGAAGCGCCCGACCUCGACCUCGGCUUCAACUCAGACUCCACAUCACGACCACAACAACAACCACCCACUCCCCCGCUCCGAAUAGGCGUCUACAACUCGUCCACAAGGGAGUGGCUCUCGCCCACCUCGGUGGUGUCGGCGUCCAACUUUGCAAAGGGCUACGCGCCGCACUUUGUGCUGACCGUCGACGACGACGACGGGCAGCCGGGAGAAGAUGGUGGUGCCUUUAAUAAGAUCCUGGGCGUGACGUGCCGCGGGGUGCGCAUCGACGCGGGCCAGACGCGUGACUUUGGGCCCCAGGCCGUCGUUCUGCGCGCGGGCAAGGGCGCCCAGCCCGCCUUGGGCAAGCCCGUUAUUCUCAGCCUGGAGGGGAAGAGGAGAGGUCCUGGCGGGGAAGGGGAGGAGAAGAGUUUCUUGCAGAAGUACUGGUGGGCGAUUGCUAUCGGCGCCUUCCUGUUACUUUCCGGAGGCGGA